AUGUCUUACCWAUAUAAUAGACUUGGCAUAAGACGGGCUAAGGUUAUUGUGGCUUGCAGGGACGUCAAAAAAGCGGAACAAGCUGUGACGGAUAUAGUGGCGGACGUAAAAGGCGAUAAUCUAGGACAGCUGGUCGUAGAGGAAUUGGAUUUGGCAUCUUUUGCUUCGAUUAAACGCUGUGCAAAAAACAUUUUGCAAAAAGAAAAACAUAUUCAUCUGUUAGUGAACAAUGCCGGGAUAAUGGCGUGCCCUAAGAGCAAAACCCAAGACGGUUUUGAAACCCAAUUUGGCGUAAAUCACUUGGGACAUUUUCUAUUCACAUCGCUAUUAUUGCCAAGAAUUCGAAAUUCAACGCCAGCUCGCAUCGUUAACGUUUCAUCGAUGGCUCACACAAGAGGUGUGAUUAAUUUCGAUGACAUAAACUCCGAUACGAAUUACUCAGCCAUGGUAGCUUACAGUCAGAGCAAACUGGCUAAUGUACUGUUUUCCAAGGAAUUGUCGCAAAGGCUUGAAGGUACCGGAGUGCACGUGUACUGUCUGCAUCCUGGCAUCGUUCAAACUGAAUUAGGAAGGACUAUCGACCAAGUGUACUUUCCGGGAAUGCGAUUCCUGGCUCGUUUCUUUCUGUAUCCGUGGUUGAAGACUCCGGAACAAGGGGCUCAGACUACUUUGCAUUGUUCGAUAGACGAAAAAGCUGGAGAAGAAAACGGUCUCUAUUACAGCGACUGUAAGGUAAAAGAACCGUCAGCGUUAGCCAAAGAUCCAGAAUUAGCCAAAAAACUUUGGGAAAAAAGUAUAGAGAUGGUAGGUGUGAAAGAUUACGAUAUGUUCAACUGCGAAGACACGCUGCCUGCGCCCCUAACAGAUGUUUAAACAAAUAUUUCUAAUUUUAAUUAAUAUAUAUUUUAUUUUAUUUUAUCUAUACUUAUAAGUUUAUAAA